UAACAAUGUGUUAAAUUCAAGCAUAAAAAUGGGAAAUACAUAGGUUCAGGAUCCAAAUUCUCUAAUUAAACUAAACUAACUAAAUUUUCAAGUUUAAAUCAGCAUUUAGGAUUGAGUAUUUUGAAGUCUUGAUUAUGUUUUAAGCUGCCUCUCCAAAGGAUGACUUGGAAUCUUUAGGCUUUAUUCUAAUGUAUUUCUUAAAGAAUGGAGACAUGUUCAAAGUUAAGGAUACAGGAUCUAAAAGUAAACAAAUGGAAGAGUAAAAGUUGCGAAUGAUUCCAGAAAAGUUUUGUAAAGAUAUGCCAAUUGAAUUCCUUCAGUAUUUUUAAUUUGUUAGGUUGACAAACGUAUAACAAUAUCCAUUGAGUGAUUAUGAAUUCUUGAAGAAAUUAUUUAAAAACAUACUUCAACAACUCAACAUCAAUGAAAAAGAUUUCUAAUAUGAUUGGGUAUAAAAAUUGAGUAAUUGUUAGUUGAAAAAGAUGAAUUUAUAAUCUUAGAGUUAAUAAUAACCCAAGGAGGAAGUACAAACGAAGAUAGUGAUUCAUGAUCCCUCAAACUUAGAAGGAAUCCAAGAGGUUCAAACAGAAUUGGAAAAGUCUUCAUUCAAACGAGAUCAAUUUAGUAAAUCAUCAUCUUUUUGCAUUAAUGAUGAAGAUGAUACUCAAUUUGAGAGUGUGAGUAACAAAAUGAUCCGCCUUCCAAACAUGCAUGAUUUGAUUAAACUAAAGCAUUGA